GAGACAUUUUAGUCCCACUUUUUAUUGUGAAAGACAAUAAGAAUCAAGAAUCAUGUUAUAUUGUACAUAUACGAAGGGAAUAUAUAUGUGAUAAUGAUACGAAGAGUCAAGUUUCUUCUUCUUUACACAGAAAAAGGGACAUUUUAAAAUGUUUCUUCUGUUACACAUUCAAAUGUAAAGAAGCAAAUGUACAAAAGCACAGACUGAUAUGCAAAGGAGUGUGGUAAAGAAUCAACUUUAUUGAUUUCGCAGGCAGGUUGCUACAGCACACAAAACUUUGCUUGUCUUGCUUGCUCUUCUUUGUGUCCUCUGAUGCGCCUCUGUUUCACUUUAUAUUUGCUUCUUAAUAAUGAAGUAUAAUAAAAAUAUAUCAACAACAAAAACAACAACAAUAAUAACACUAACAACAAUAAGAAUAACAAUUAACAAUAAGUAGUGUAAUGAUUUUCUCCUUAUCAUUUUUUUUUAAUUUCUCAAACUACAAUAGUUCACAAAUUGUUUUUUAUAUUUCAUAGGGAUAGUGCAUUAAACUAAUAUAUUACUUUAAUGUAGACAGUAAAAGAACUGUAGAAGUGGGGAGCACUAGUACCACUAAAUAGAUUUUCAUUUUAGACCAUACCUUUUCAAGUAUUGAUAAUUUAGUUUCAAUACAACCUAAAGCAGUAAAGCUGCAAAAAUAAAAUACUAUAAAUGUACUAUAAAUUAAAUGAUAUUUUUCUUAUAUUUGAGAUAUAUGCUCUUGAGAAUUUUUAAUAGUUUCAAGACCAUGCUGGUAAUAUUUGAAAAAAGACUUUAAAUUGUAUUGUAAAGAGCACAGAACUAGACUUACUCUUUGUCAACACCUAUCUUAAGGGAUCUCAUAAUUUUGGACCUGAGGUGACCACCUCAAUUGCCUCAUUUUGGGACGUCUAUGCAUACACUCGACUACUCCCUACAUAUACCGAUAUACGUACGCAUGUAUGUAUGUACGUACAUAUAUAUAUAUAUAUAUAGACGUAUGUACAAUAAAGACACACAAGUAUAUAAUAAACACACUAAUACAUGUGUUUAGAUAGUUGGUAUAUAUAAUUGUUGUUUGGAGAGUAAAUUGAGGCCAGGGUGGCUAAUCACCUUGCAAAUAAAUUGUAAGGCAUCUUCAGAGUAAAAUAAACUGAAAUAUUAUCUAGCUUCUUUGGGACUAGCUGCUUUCUCAUUUCUCUCCAUCUGUCUCUUAGCUUUCUGGUGGUGAGCAUGGGAAGAACUAGAAGCAGAUCAUCUUCUUCGGUAUCCACAGCAUUUUAUCUUCAACAUUUGUUUGUGCUUGGCAGUUUUGUCAUUCUCUCACAUUGUGAGGUAAGAAAAGCUUCAGGUGAUUCUUCUAUUCAAUCAGAGAUAACGAAGCGGUUCGAUGUAUACCUGUCGGCGGGGGACGAUUCUUCCUAUUCAAAUUCUCAAUGGUCCGGUGUGAGUUCCCCGUUGAAUUUACCACCAUUUGACUCUCUCGCCCCGGAUCCCUCGCCGGAAAUCUCCCCUGCCUCCGCCUAUUGCACCUAUUCUCCACCACCGUUCACUCCUUACCUACUCCCUCCUCCGUCAACUACUUCACCGCCGAGCCCAACUUCGCAUAAUUUCAGCCCGCCUCAAAUCAGCCCAAGCCCUGCUGAGCCUGCUCUGAGCCCACCAAUAACUGUCCCCAGCCCAAUCGAACCUGUAGGGAGUCCACCGCAAUUUGUCCCGAGUCCAAUUGAACCUGUCACAAGCCCACCUCAAUCUGUCCCGAGCCCAGUUGAACCAGUUAGCAGUCCACCUCAAUCUGUUCCAAGCCCAGUUCAACCUGUUAAAGGUCCACCCCAAUCUGUUCCCAGCCCAGUUGAACCCGUUAAAAGUCCACCUCAAUCUGUUCCAAGCCCAGUAGAACCUGUUAAAAGUCCACCUCCAUUUGUCCCGAGUCCAUUUCAGCCUGUUUUCAGCCCGCCUCAAAUUAUCCCAAGCCCUACCCAGCCUGCUUUUGGCCCACCAAACUUUAACCCAAGCCCAUCUGAACCAGUUCUUAGCCCACCUAAUUCUGCGCCGGGCCAAACUCAGCCUGCUUUAAGCCCACCAAACUUUAACCCCAGCCCAGCAAAACCAGUUCUUAGCCCACCUAAUCCCGCGCCGGGCCAAACCCAGCCAGUUCUAAGUCCACCAUGGUAUGGGCCCAGCCCACGCGUAAUUGUCCCGCCGCCGACAGGUCGCUUGCCCAGCCCGUUCCUGCCGCCAGUUGUGUACCCGCCGCCGUCGGGGCCGCCGGCUCCGUCUACUACGCCACCGACUGCUCUGUGGUGCGUGGCGAAGCCGUCAGUUCCGGAUCCGAUAAUAGAGGAGGCGAUGAACUACGCUUGCGCAUCCGGGGCGGACUGCAAUCAGAUUCUGCCGAAAGGGUCGUGUUAUCAGCCGGAUACACUGUUCGCACACGCUUCGUUUGCCUUUAAUAGCUAUUGGCAGAGAACAAAGCAGGCCGGCGGCACCUGUGAAUUCGGAAGCACCGCCAUGCUCGUUACUGUUGAUCCAAGUUAUGAUGGUUGUCACUUCACCUAUUUGUAGCUUGAGAUAUUGGAUAUAUGGUACAUUGGAAAUGGAUCAGAAGCACACAUAGUAAUUGGACCAGCCUAGCUAAAUCUCAUCAUCAAUAUCGUUCUAAGUCAUUGUCUCAUCAAUAUUGACCCAUUGGACGUUGUAUAUGUCAAGAUCAACAUUUUGUACUCAAUUAAACUCUUCAUUGUUAGAGUGUAUAUUUUAAAUUUGAAUAUUCUAUUCAGACAUGGAAAUAAUACAUUAUCACAUUGCUUUGUUAUAGACUUGUUAAUGUUUAUCUAACAAAAGAAUGGUUUUGUGCAUAUUUAGAAUGCAUGCUUUUGGUUGUU